AUGUAGUGUGAGUCGUGUUUGAUACAUAAUUCCAUAAAACCAUUUUCGUUAAAGUUCUGCACAGGACAGCAUCGAAAUUAGACAGAAAGCCGACGGGCGACGUGACAACACUAUUCCGUUGACACUUUCGGUGGAGUGUAAAAUUUGCGUAUUUUUAUGUUUUAAUUGGAAUUAAUUAAUGCGCUUCUAGUAAAUAUUUAUUAUUGGGCAGUGAUAUGCGUAUGGAGUAGACUGUGUGCAAUUUCUUUGUGUGAUAAAAUUGUUUGUGCAGGCGUUAUGGCACUAACAGCAGAAGAUGUUGCAAGACGCUAUCCUGUGCAUUGGUUAGUGUGGAAUAACCAGCAUGAAGAGCUGAAGAGUGCGUUGGAGGUUGAAAAGUUCACAUCACAAGACCUAGAAACCAAAGACUGUAGAGGCCGCACACCUCUACUGCUAGCGGUCACAUUAGGCCAUUUAGAGACAACAAAGGUACUUAUAGAGGCCGGAGCUGAUGUCAACUGUGAAAAGGAUGGGUGGUCAGCUGUCCAAGAAGCCACAGCCACGGGUAACCCAGAGCUGCUCUCGCUGGUGCUAUCGCGGCGUGACUACCAGCGUCACGUGCUGCGGUCCGGGGGCAUACCAGACCUGCUGAGGAGGCUCAGUCUUGCGCCAGACUUCUAUGUAGAAAUGAAAUGGGAGUUUACUAGCUGGGUACCUCUGGUUUCACGGAUGUGCCCAUUCGACACGUACAAAGUAUACAAGCGAGGCGGUAACGUGCGGGUCGACACCACGCUUGUCGGCUUCGAGAACAAUCGUUGGCAAAGAGGAGAUAGAACUUAUAUAUUUAGAGGACAGGGUCGCGCGGCCAGCCUGCUGGAGCUGGACCACGAGCUGGGCACGUCGUUCUGCGAGUACCUGGAGCCCAUCGCGGCGGCGCGGCCCUGGCCCGCGCCCCCCCCACACGUCAUCGAGCAGCGCCUCGCCGCGCCGCUUGCCAUCAACUACCUCGACACCGACAAGAUUAGCUUCGAGAGAAACAAGAGCGGCAUCUGGGGCUGGCGCCAAGACAAGACGGAAGCGGUGAACGGGUACGAGUGCAAGGUGUUCGGCGCCAACAACGUGGAGCUGGUGUCGAAGACCCGCACGGAGCACGUGCCGCGCGGGGAGCGCCGCCCCGCGCGCGCGCCGCUGGCCGGCCUGCUGGCGCUCGCCGAGGCGGAUAGUCCCGGGGAGGACCACGCCGCGCCGCUGCUGGACAAACCGGAAGACGCCUCAACACCUCGCAGCAGCAGGUCUCGCGAGGACCUGUCCUCCUUACUCCCGGUCACGUGGGAGGAGUACUUCUCAGAAGAACCUCUGGACCGGGAGAUAGGAAGGCCGCGAGAGGUCUCCACUAAGGUGCAGAAGUUCAGAGCGACCCUGUGGCUAUGUGAAGACUAUCCUUUAGAGUUACAAGAACAAAUAAUGCCGAUAUUAGAUCUAAUGGCAGCGAUAUCUUCACCACACUUCGCCAAAUUGAAAGACUUCGUUCAAAUGCAACUGCCGGCGGGGUUCCCUGUCAAAAUAGAGAUUCCUCUAUUCCACGUCCUGAACGCUCGCAUAACGUUCGGCAACAUCUUCGCCACGGAGAGCCCGGUCCCUCACAUCGAGUGUAUACAAGAAGGCGAGCGGCUGUCGUGCGUGGUGGACGACCAGUGCUUCGCCGUGGGCCGCGCCUACCGCGACGCCGCCGCCAGCGAGGACAGGCUCGCCUGCGCGGGGCAUGAUGAGGAGGGGCUGCUGCAGUACGCCAUACAGCAGAGUCUCAUGGAGACCGGCACGCAGGACGAUCAGGUUGACGUGUGGGAGGCGUUGCGCGGCGCCCGGCCAGUAUCGCCACGUGUCGACCAUGAAGACACACAACUGCAGAGAGCUAUAGAGGCGUCGCUGGCGUCCAUCGCGCUGUCCGCGGCGCCGGAGGAGGCGGGGCGGGUCCCGUACGAGGAGGACAGCGCGGAGCUGGACGCGGAGGCGGACGCCGAGCUGCAGGCCGCGCUGGCGCUGUCGGCGCGGGAGCAGGCCUCGCGCGACCAGCAGCUGGCCGCCGAGCAGCGCGCGCUCGACGAGGCGCUCAGGCUGUCGCUGCUGGACAAGUAACAGAUCUCAAAAUCAACAAAGUAUGUAUGAAGAGUCCAACCAAAAUAAGACUUACGCCUAAUGUACUUUUAGUAAGUAGCUAAAAUUUAUACCUACGGGCCGGUCCUUCGAGUCUCGUCCGGUCCAUUUAUCUACGUAACUAGGUGCUAGUACAUCCGAUUCUGAACUUUAAGCUAAAGACGAUAGGGUCUAAUGUCCAGAAUUUGUUUCGGUUGUGAUUAAUACGUUUUGAUCCUCGUACCAGUGAAAUGCAUUUGAAAUUAUGGUGCAAUAUAAUUUAUAGCUUUACCAUAGGACCGAUUCAAGAUUUCUAAUAGUUUUUGACUGUACACUUGAAAUUUAUUUUGGUAACGAGACAAUAAGAAUAUUUUAGUUAUGUUUAGAGGGAGCAAACAGAUUUGAUAGGCGGAAUAGUGUCGACAUUCCUUCGUGACGCGACUUAGUGUAGAACUUGGUGCGAAGGACCCGGCCCUUAGUAUUUUGACUGUAGAAUAUUUAUUCAUCGUUAUAUAGUUACGUAUGUUAUAACAUUAUUAUAUGCCUUGGAGAUUUGAAUAAGAAUUCACCAGAAAUAUCUAAUUUAAUUAUUAAAAUAUAUAUUGAUGAAAUACGACAACUCUAUAUUAUGUUUGAUACUUAAACGUCACAAUUCUUUCAGUGGGUCAAAAAUUAAUUACUUCUCAGUAACUUUAGAUUCAAAUCUACAAGUUAUAUGUCAAUGUAUUAAUAUACCGUUUAGUAUCGCUACACGAGUGAGACAUAAUUAUAGUUAAACAAUUAUAAUAACGUAAUUAAAACGGAAUUGUGUAGAUAUAUGUUAUGACAAGUGGUAAGAGGUUAAUAUUCGGUGCAACAAAUGCCUAUUUGGUCUUUUUAUCAGAACCUUUUAAUUAGCCCUUGCUUCUAAACUUGGUCUUUAUAAAGAAAUUUAACUAUAAUAUUACUGAUUACAGGUACUUUUUAUUUUCCAACUAUGAACUUUUUAGUUUUGACUGAGUUUCUUUGCGUAUUUGCCAUAUUAACACUCUUACCACUUAUAGUUAAUCCUAAUAUAAAUUUCUAUUUAAAUUGUUCUGCAAAUGUACCCCAGUUAUGUCAUUUUACGGUUAUCGGCGCCACAUGUAAGUAGGUUUCCACUAAAUUAUUAAUCUAUUAUGUAUAGAGUUUAAAAUACAUUUUAUUAUUCAUUGACCGUUGAACAAAACUUGCGAGGAACCCCGAAAAAUUUACAUUAUCUAAAUUGACUUAGAAUUUUCCAUUCUUAUGACACGUCUUAAGUUUUUAUGGAGAUUAAGAAACGGUAUAUAAAUGUAUAACUAAAAGUUUAUUUAUAUAAGCUAAGGGUAUACAGGGAAAUAUAGAUCGAUGUUAAUUUCAAAAAGAAAAUCAAGAGUUUUUAUUUCAAGUAGGCCGUUUUCCAGGCACUUUCAAAACGUUAAAAUUAUGAGUCUAGUUGCACUUUAUUUAUUACAACCACUUCUCAAUGAAAUGCCCAAAAAUUUUUGCUAACAGUUUCUAUAUUUUUUACUAGCCUCGAAUGUCUCACUGUUGGGCCAAAGGCUUCCCACUUUUCUCACACAUGAGCCAACACUUGGGUAAAAAGAACUUCUUCCCACUUUGGUCUGCCUCGCCGACGUCAGUUUUGCGUUGCAUUCGGUAAAUCGCGGUGAAGUGGAUUUGGGCUGGGAUGCUUAUCUUGUAUAAACACUUUUAAUUGAAACAAUUUUAAAUUUAAUUUCUUCAGUAUUGGAAACGUCUCAAUUAUUUAUGUUAACCUAUUUAUUAUAUCCUAGUUCCUGACAAGAAUUUGUCUAUGAUUAAUAUCCUGUGCAAUAAUGGUAGUAAUAAUAAAUGUAUGUCCUAAAAAUGCAUUAAUUCCUAUAUCUGCGUCAUGUGGUCACAUGAUUUUGGCCAUUAUUGUGAGCGACAGAAGGUUGAUAGUUUGUAAAUCAUGUUUGUAAGAUCUCAUUGGUCUCUGGAAUAUUUUUCCUUGUACAGUUGAUUAAAUAGUACCUGGGACCUAACAUUUGUAUAGUUUUCAAGUCCUUUAUCGAAGUCCAAUGAGGUGUUCUGAACCUACUAUAGUUAUACUUCCUGACGAUCGCCAAGGAAAAAUCAUACUAAUCGCAACCGAUUAACAUUGGUUUUUGCUUGGCUAUAUAACUGAUAUAUUUAAUAUUAGUCAAUCUAGUUUAACCCUAAAGGAAUUGUGAUUGUAUUGUAAUAAUAUCUGCUUUCAUUUGUAACAUUCCUGAACUAAUAUUUAUUUGAAGAUAACAGACAGUAUUUUGUGUUAAAAUUUUAUUUCCAAAAGGACAUCAGAUCACAUUAUAUUAUUUGUUACAUAUGAAAGCAGGCCCACAUUAUUGCUAUAAGUAAUAUAUAAAGAUCACAACUUAGUGACUUAAUAAAUAUGAAACUUUAAAAGGAUUAUAUGUGAAGCAAAAUAAUAUUAAUCCCAUUAGACAUGUGAAGGUGGUUACUAAUGUAUAUUAAAUGUCCAACCUUCUUACUUUAACGAUUACGACUCGAAGGACCAAAUAUUUUUGGCGAGGUUGUUCGAUGGAUAUAUUAUAGUAAAAUUGCUAUUCUCUAAUUAUGCUGUCAGCAACAGAUGUCGGUUACUUGCAUCAGAAUAAAAAAUCAACUAAGUAUUCCAAGGCAACGUUUUAUGCAAGGUGUCGAGCUUAGUUGUUUUCCUAAUAACAUAACUGCAAUUUAUCUCCUUAUUCAUGUAUCUCUUUGUCUCUGUAGCUCUAAUGUGGUCAAAUGUCACAACGACAUCACAUUAUGUAGAGAUGUUAAAAGACCUCUGUUGCUGAUUGACGACCGAAGGUUUGAGGAAAUAAACUGUGCUUAGAAGGUAAUAUUAUAUAAUAGUAGGAAUGUUUGAGUAAUAUGGUGCUUGUAGUUGAGUUAGCCACUUCUAUGUCAAAUGGUAUAUUUAUGUGUGAAAGUAACAUCGUAGUAAAGGGUCCUAUGUGAGUUUGAUACUUUUUAUCUUUGAAGGUAUAAAUUCAAUCCAAUAAUGUCCAGAGGGUCGCUUGAAAAUCAUGAGAUUAUUUAUACCCAGGUGAACGAACGCGCCUAGUAAAGUAUACUUAAAUAUUAAUAGCAAUAAAAUUAAAAGCAAUGUUUAAGAGGGUCUCACAAGUUUAAAUGACUCUUUUAUUAUUUAUUUAAUAUCUAUUGAUCUAACGAAAUUAGUAAAAGCACUGUAGUCCAUUAUAACUUCACUAUUUAUCGAUGUAUUUCUUAUUUAUUAGAUCUUGGUAAAACUUGACUUAGAUUUGUAAUCUCAAAGGUGCGUGUUGGCGGAAAAGGAAGAAAGAUAGUGAUCUUAUUCUAAGAAAGUCGUCACAAUAAGUCACUUUUAUUUUUAAGUUUCUACUAGGUGUUAGUGUUUCCUAACCAAACAUUAUAUAAUAAAGUAGGUGACGUGAUGGGCGUUUGUCGCAUUUUGGCGCUACUCCUCAGCUGUGAUUUUUAUAUUUAAAUAAUGUAUUGAAUAUUUUGUAUGUUCAUCUCCAAAGAUAGCAGUCGCGUCGUUGUUGGUCCUUUGAGCCGGAACACGUUGUAAGCAUUACACUAAACUAAGCCUUGACUUCUUAGUCAAAAGCUUAGCGAGUUAGUGGAAUUCGAUCUCAAGUAGUAGUAUUAUAUUCUAUCAAAAAGCAUAAUAAACGAACAAAUUAACUUAAGUUGCUAUUAGCAACGCCAUCUAUUGGUGUAAGUUCGAAACCAAAGUUUAGAACUCUUAUAAGGGCCAUCUCUUGGCAGAUAGCGGAAAUUAGUUGUUAGAAGUGUACGAAAAAAAAAUGUUUAGCUUUUUUAUUAUGUAAUUUAGUGUGUACAAAAUAUUUAAUACAUGUCCAUUAUUGAUACGACUGUAUACAUAUUGUACAAAGUUAUUUCAAGUCUAUACAUUUCCGAUCCCGUUCAAUUGUACAACCCUGUCGAAAUGUGUAUAGUAAUGUGUUAUUAUAAUUAUAUUUUAUGUAUAUUGAUUUUUA